AUGGAAAGCGAAGACUUUACUUCCGGAUGCUUCGGCAAGGAUUUCAACCGAAUUUCUGCCGACCUUGGGAGCCGAAGUGACGUAAGCGUUGAAAGUUUGGAUAUUGCAGACGAAAAGCGAUCGUGCAAGAGCAGGAAGGAAAAGGGAUACGCUCAUCUGCAGCGACCUUCCAGCGAAGAAGAGCUCGUUUUUGUCAGGUCGAAACCUAAAAAAACGAAGGUUUUCGGAAAAUUGAAGGAGAAGGCGAGAGAAAGAGAGAAAGAGGUGAAGAGUGUCCGAUUGAAGUCCAAGUCAAAGUCCCGUGGCCAUGAAACCACACCACCGGUUCAUUCCAGCGUCUCCUCGAUCGCAUGUCCCCUUUUCGGCGUCAGUCUGUCUGAAUGUCUGCGCAACAACCCGAGCUACGACAACGUGCCGGUGCCUGCCGUUGUGCGACAGUGCAUCGACUACGUGAACGACAAAGGCCUCUCCGUCGAAGGCAUAUACCGAGUGACGCCGGAAAAGAACAUCGUUGAGAGUUUGCGCGAGUCUGUCGGCAGCAUGGACGGCGAGGUGGAGUUUCAGGACGUGCACUGCGCUACUUGUGUGCUGAAAAUGUUUAUUCGCGAACUACCAGAAACGCUGUUUACAGCAGCUUUGAUCGGCACGUUCGAAAUGACCGUCAAAGAGAUCAAGAACAUCGCUGAAUGCCUCGGUCGACUAAACGAACUGAUCGAACGUCUUCCAGAUCCCAACAAGCACGUCUUGGCUUACUUCUUCCUGCAUAUCCAGCGCGUAAUUAAAAUGCAAGAUGUCAACAAAAUGACCGCGGUCGAAAUGAGCACCGCGCUGCAACCAGUGUUCAACAUUAGCCCCACGCUGUUGAACAUAUUCCUGCAAAAUGCUCAUUUGAUUUUUCCCAACAUACUUCCAAAAAAGUACGUUAUUUUGUUACUGAAGUCAAGCAUCAGAACAUGUACUUAA